GUCUCCAGUGGAACAAGUUUAGUAGAGAUUAUAAACAACGUUCACAGCGUCUGCAGGAAGUCACUACGUGGAAAUGAAGCGCUUUGUUGUAUUCGCCUUGCAGUUUCUAUUUGUGGGACAUAUCAAGAGUUGGACUGACGGUAAUGUGCUGCUCCGGGAUGUCCAGGUGUUGACUCUGUACAAGGAUCGCUACACCACAGCAAGGCGGUCCAGCCCAGUGCCUCAGCUCCAGUGUGUUGGAGGCUCAGCUGGCUGUCAGGCCUUCAUCCCAGAGGUGGUCCAGUGUCAGAACAAAGGCUGGGAUGGAGUGGAUGUGCAGUGGGAGUGUAAGACAGAUAUGGACAAUGCAUAUCGAUUUGGCCGCAUUGAGGUGAGCUGUGAGGGCUACAACCACCCUGCUGAUGCCUACAUACUGCAGGGCUCCUGUGGGCUGGAGUACACUGUGGAACUGACUGAAGAAGGCCGGAGGAAGACACAAGGAAAAUGGGGUUCCCAUAGUGAUGGGUCUGGAGGUUUCAGCGGCUUUGCCUCUAACAUGUUCAACAGUUUCUUUGGCAACAAGAAUCAUCGACAGCACAACCAGCAGAGACAGCAGAGCUGGCAGCCCUCAGGCACUGAGGAGUCAGGAGGCCUGCUGGGGGUUGCUGUGCUUCUGCUCUUAGCGUACGGCGUCUACAAGCUGUUCCUCAGUGGGAACACACACCAGGGGGGGCAGGACAGCACCCAUACUGGUUAUCCCAGAGAUGAUCAGCAUGCAGCAGGACCACCACCCCCAGGAUUCAAACCUGACUUCACUGGUUAUGCUGGUGCCAACCCAGGCUACGGCUUCCACAGUGACUACACUCAUGGACAGCAGUAUCAGAAUCAGUACCCAAGAGGCCACGCUGCACCGGGCACAGGAAAUGGUUUCUGGACCGGCAUGGGGACAGGAGGGGUGCUCGGAUAUCUUUUUGGUCGUCAGAGAAACCAGCCCUACAACUACAACAAUCACUCCAGUUACACUGACCACAGACCUCCUCCUGCCCCUUCCUCUUCCUCUUCCUCUGGGACACGCACUGCUUCAGGUUUUGGAGGAACCAAAAGAAGAUAAAAGCUGUGAAAGUGGACAUAUUCUCUUUAAUUAAUUACACUGCUGGAUAAAACAAGCUAGUUUGUGCAGGUAGGAAGGCAAACAGCACCAUGAAACAACCAUGAUGUAUA